GAUGGGAGGCGGGGACUAGCUGUUGAAUGACGGCCGUAGCUCCGUUGACACUUACGAGCAAAGACAGCUUCUGGGACCCGCGCGGGCCUACCAAUUUAACAUUUACACCAAGGUAUCAGUUGAAAGAGGAGGAGCGCCUGAGCGUUUAGGCCUGUUUUGUCACCAGGAGAUGUUGCGGACCGUGUGCGGACUCAGUGACAGGACGACACGGUGUCGAGGCUGAGCGGACGUUUUCACAGGUUGAUGAUCCGUUUUUGGCACCGAGCAGACAGCAAAAGUAAAUAGGCUAAAUGGUUUUAGUCUCUUUAGGCUGUUCAUAGACGCAUGAGCUUACAUUUAAAUGCGAAAUAGGCGGUGCCUGGUGUUUCCUGGAAAAACACAGAUCUCAGACUAGAAUGACACAUUUAACGUGUGCAGGUUGGGGUUUAUUCGCUGAAGUUGACACUCAGACUGGGGCCACGCCAAGCGGGGUGUAGGGGGCUUGUCUUCUCAGUUAGUGACCGUCUGUCUUGCACAUUUUGACAGAUAGCCAAUUAAAUCUUUGCUCCAAAUUGGUCGUCUUAUGUCAGUGACCCAUAUCUCAUGCAUGUGUGCCAAGAGUCCACAAUAACCUCUCCAUCAGACCAGGCAACAUGGGGAUCAACGGGUUAGACAAUCAAGCGCAGCCGUCCAGCGGAGAGUCCCGUACGGAGCAGCCAGCUGCAGAUCCUCAGAUAGAGCAAAGAGAUGCUCCCCAAGAAGCAGACAGGACCAAGGAUGGUGAGACGGCUGGCAGCGAGUGUAAAAUCGUGCAGGAGGACAGCACGGUGCAGCCCGAGGCCGGGUACAAGCCGCCACUCUCCCCGGCUUCUGAAUCCGAGGCAGGGGUCCAUGUGGAGAUGAACGGAUUCGUCCCACCCGAGGGGGGUUACGGCUGGCUGGUGGUUUUUGCGGCCACCUGGUGCAAUGGGUCGAUCUUCGGGAUCCAAAACUCUUUCGGCAUCCUGCAUAUGAUGCUGGUUAAGGAGCACGCAAACCCAGACGACAAGACGUCUCAGUUCAAAGUGGCCUGGGUCGGGGCACUGGCCAUGGGCAUGAUCUUCUUCUGUUCACCUGUGGUCAGCAUGUUCACAGACCGCUUCGGCUGUAGAAAGACAGCUGUCAGUGGGGCAGCCCUGGCUUUUAUAGGGCUGCUCAGUACAUCCUUUGCAAACUCCCUGAGCCUUCGCUAUUUCACAUACGGCAUACUGUUCGGCUGUGGCUCCUCUUUUGCCUUCCAGCCCUCGUUGGUCAUCUUAGGCCACUACUUCCGCCAGCGCCUGGGCCUGGCCAACGGUGUGGUGACGGCCGGUGCUAGCCUCUUCUCCAUGGGCCUCCCUGUUUUCCUCAACAAGGUGGUGGAACCUCUAGGCCUCAGCAGGACCUUCCAGAUCCUCAGCCUCUUCAUGCUGGUCCAGGCCCUAUUGGCGCUAUUGUUCAAACCUUUACUGCCUGCUGGAGGAGGCAUGGGACCCCCAGGCAUGGGUCUUGGCCCUGCCAACCCCCAGACCCAGCCAGGGGCCACUGCUCAGAGGGGGAGCAGGUGGAGCAGGGUCAUGGGUGGCGUCAGGAAGUACUUCAACCUGCGCGUGUUUCACAUCGUGACAUACCGCGUGUGGGCAUUUGGAGUUGCCACAGCUGUACUGGGCUACUUUGUCCCAUAUGUCCAUCUGAUCAACUUUGUGAAUGAGCAGUUCAAGGACACCCAGAAGGAGUGGGUGCUCCUGGUUUGCAUAGGAGCUUCAUCUGGCGUGGGACGCCUCGCCUUCGGCAAGAUCGGAGACCUCAUUCCUGGCCUUCAAAAGAUCUACAUGCAGGUGGUGUCCUUCAUGGCACUGGGCCUGAUGUCCAUGAUGAUUCCUCAGUGCUCUGUGUUCGAGGGGCUGGUGGUUGUGUGCGUGUUCCUGGGGCUGUGUGACGGCUGCUUCCUCACCAUGAUGGCACCCAUAGCGUUUGAGCUGGUUGGGCCCAUGCAGGCCUCACAGGCCAUAGGCUACCUUUUGGGCCUUAUGGCUCUUCCCAUGACAGCAGGUCCACCCAUUGCUGGUCUCCUACAUGAUUACUUUGGGAACUACACGGUGGCCUUCUCCCUGGCUGGGGUUCCUCCUAUGGUGGGGGGCGUGGUGCUCUUCUUUGUGCCCCUGAUACACCGCAGGCUACGGCGAGGCCAGGCGGCAGCGUCACCAGAGGAGACAACUGCCCACAUGCUGCCCACCGUGCAGCCAGCGGGGGAGCCCAAGAGCUGCUCCAAUGGAGACAUCCUGCCUGGCUAUACUGACGUAGAGACACACAUCUGAGUCUCACUGUACAAAGGGAUUCAGCCCACCAGCACCUUUUCUCAUCCUUAGAUCCCCCCCCCCCCCUCCCGACCAGAGCUCUUAACCAUGGACUUCCUCCUGUUGGCUGACCUUUAACGCUCUCACCCUCCUGGACUCUCAUUGGCUGUUUUGUUAUUUUCAUUUGAAGAGAGAAAUCGAAAAGUGCACUCUGGCUACAAGCCACAGAGAGGACGAAAAGAAGGCACAUUGGCGUUGGAAGAUAGAAACGCAUAAGGAGGAUAAGCACAACACAAUCUCUACUAGGAUCGUUUGCUCAUUGGGCACUCUGUAGUAACACACACCUCCAAGAGGAAUGAAAUGCUUUUACACCAUUUAUCUCGCUACUUUAGCUUUUUGAAGCUAUAAAAAUUACUAUGCUUUCUUUUUUAGAUUCCAUAUAAACACAUUGUUAAGACAAGAGGUGUAUAGAAUUUAGAAUGAAGGGAUAAAUUCACGUUUUCUAUAUGUAGUACCUCAUGCAUCUAAUCUUUUAACAGUGCAUUUUAUUUAUUUUGUGUUGCUGAAACACAAUCUCAUCCUGAGUGAUUCCCAGGUUAGCUUUUUUCCCGUCUACUGUUUACUGCCGCGACAGUUACAAGAGAAAUGCGCGUAGCUGUUGUAAAUGUCACAGGAGGUAGCAGACAAUUCUUGAGAGAGAUCAGCCACCAGACACAAUCAACUCAAUUCAACAGCACACUUUAUCACACUGUACUCACAUCCGGGGUCCAAAACGUCAGCAAAAUGGCUUCAACUACUCUGCCAGCCUGCCUGCAUGGGAGACAGGUGGGUGACUGUGAUUCCACCGAUUCAUAUGCCAUGAACCCUAGUGUUAAUUUUUUUUAAACGGUUUUGAUAUAAGUCAGUGACUUUGCAGCUUGGGACAGAUUAACAGAUGCAGUAGGGGAGCACUGUGCAGGUGCCUGAAUUAAUGAAACUUAACACCACAGUUGAUACAAGGUCUUCUCUUGAGUCUGUACAGCCUUACCUUUCAGCACUUGUUUUUUUUUCCAAUCACCAAACUCUACAGUUUUUAUUGCCCUUUUUAAGUUUUUAGCAGGGUGCUAGACAAAUCCGCAUAAACUGUGUUUGUUACGGCUUUGAAAUGAUAAUUCACAGUAGUUUUUUUGAAGUGUGCACAUUGUAUACUGUGGAAAGUGUUGCAAUUAGACCUAUUUGGAGAUUGACAGCUGUUGGGAGGAUAGCUUCUCUUCAUCUUCAGAAAAGGCAUUUUUUUCUCAUUGCAUUCUGAAGUUUUCCUCUAUGUGAAUGUGUGUGUGUGUGCGACACCUGUAUUUUUAAUAGCAGAGGCAGUUAUGUAAACUAUUAUGUUACAAUCUGUUGUUGAGAGGGAACUACUGAGAUUAAAGCUGCCAAAAUGGCCUCAGCCUUCAUCAAGCCAUCUCACAGAUAAUCAGUCUAUUUGCUGCUUUAGUUUAACUUAGUCAUGAGGGCGUCGCUCACUGUGCUGGCAGUAAUGAAACAAAAUAUCACGGCCUCUUUGAGAUAUCCCCUCAACAGGACAGUUUGCCGUCAUUGUUGUUUCAUAAACAUUUGGACCACUUACCUCUGCACUCAUAGAUUACAAGUUCUCCUGAACAAUAAACUUUAAUGGACAGAUGUGAAGUAGAGUGGCAAUAACUGACUCUGUGAGUUACACUCUGUUUUUAUAUGCAUUACUGAAUAGCAAAGAGGGGAAUUGGUACACGUUAAGAAAGGAAACGCUCUGGUGUUCAGGUGGUAUUCCCUUCUGUCAAUCUCCCUCUUUGCUUUCACUGACAUUAUUCAGUCAGCUUCUGUGUUACAACACUUUAGAGCCCAAAACCUACACAAACCUCACUGCUGAGUGUAGUUUUUGGGGGGUAACGCUGUAGGACAAACAGUUCUGAAUAGGAAACAUACACCUAUACCUCAGUAAUUAAACAAUCCUCACCAAUCCAGUUGGACACGUUGGCAUUCUUAUUACUUUAUAAUGUCACUGUUCUGCGUAGUCAUUUGUUGUUGCAAUCUGAACUGGUCUCAGAGCCGCAAAGCUGCCAAACGCCUGUUUUAAAUCCACCUCACUUCCUCCGAAAACCUCAGUAGUGUCUGUUUAGGUGUCACAAAUAUGUGGACAUGUCAAACUUCCAUUCUUCCUUAUUUUGCCUUCACAUCCAUUUGCUCCUUUGUUCUGGAUCCUCACCAUUCCUCCUCUCUCUCACCUCUCCCUACACAUUAUCAUUAGCUUCUCUUUAUUUUAUCACAGCCUCAUUUCUCUGUCAGUGCUUGAAGACAUGCAGUUCUAUAAAUGUCCAAUAUCCUCUACUAAAGAGACAAUGAACCAGAAGUAGUGGAGACCCAUCCAGUGGUUAAAGCAUGUUUAAAAGCAAAAACACAGGCCUCUAGUUUGACCGAGGUAAUGUUGCAUUUUCUCGGCAGUGCAAACAGCUGUUGACACUUUUUGCAGCUGCCAAUAGAGGCAAUUAAAAAGUGUGGGCCGGGUGAGUUGUCCACCUGCCAGCCAUGUAAGCUAACUAGUAUCAUAAAUCGUCUUCACAGUUUAACUUGAUAAUAGUAUUUCUGAUCAUUCAAGUUUGAGUUCAAUUUUAAGAUUCAUCAGCCUCCAAACAAAACAAAUCACAUGAACCAGAACGUGAAGCUCGUGCACAGUAAUAUGAUUGAGCCCAAUUAAAUCUUAAAAAUAAGGAGUCUUCUCUUCGUCACUUUCAAAGUGACUUGUUUUAAAGUAUUUUGAUUCGAAAGUGCUUUAUUUAACGGAAUCAGUAUCCUCCUGCCUAAUAAAUAAUGGUUAACUGUGAAAGUAAUUAAUACAUUAUUUUGUUUGUAUUAUGAAGGUCACAGGAAAUGCUUUCCCUAAAACUUCAGAGCUGCACGAAAACUAACCCAUAGCCCUAAUAACUGGUUUUCUGUUCUUUGGACAGCAUCCACUCACAGUGUAAAUAUUACUUUUUUUUUUACACAAAUUAAAUAUGGAGGCAACAUUUGUUAAUAAGUUCAUAUUCUGCUGUUUUACACAGCAUUAAGUUGUAAUUAUGUUACUGCUCCACUAAAAAGAGUGUUAAGUACAAACAAGUUGCACAGGUUUAUUAAAACUAGAGGCCCAUGUCUCUAAAGUCCUAAAGUCCCACAAUGUGGCAAAUUAAUAAAUUAAUAAAAACUACCACAGGGAGCUUACCCUCUGGCAGCCACGUUGGAGGACCUCAGUGUUUUGGUUAAAAGGCUGAUUGUGUUUCUAUGCACAAAACGUAUCCGUCACAAGAAAAUUUACUAGACUUGUUAAAAUGUUUGUGUUUCUUUGACUGAACUGUUUUUCUUUUCUUCUUUUUUUUUGCGUUGAAUCAAGUUGUCACCUUGUUAGCUAGCAGCCUAACGUCACUGUAUAUUUUUUAAGAAGAGACAUAAGUGAGAUACUUGAGCCACAGCAGUAACUUUACUUUGAAAAUAAAUCUGCCUUACAGCCGUGGCCCAGCUGUGAUGCAUCAUAACCACAGCAGAUUUGAUAGAUUUGAUGUAAUUUGAUUGACACAACUGCUAAAGCCUUUAUCGUGAAUUAGUCAGAUCAACUGACUUUUUACUUGUUUUUUUUCAGUAUAGUCAUUGUCCUGGAUAUUUGUUAACUUGAUUUUACCCGUGUCAGACUCAUCCAGUUUCUGGUCAGAACCAGCAGAUUGUAACUGACAUGUAUCUUAUGUACUUUCUAUAAUUUGUAAUGGUUAUCCAUUAACCAUAAACUCUUAUUGUGUUAGUUUGUUUAAAAAGGAUUUUUAUGUGUUUUUUAGAGAUACAUUUCAAUGACUACUGGAAAAACUGCUGAGUUGGUUGAUCUGUUCAGAGUUGAAAUUAUAUAUAAACGUGAAGGAGAUGAAUGAAUGAAGAAUGACACAGUAGAUCUGGAUGGUUGCAUGAUUACUGCUGAACCAGUGUUUGGCUUGCCAGAUUCUUUUUAUCUAUGCAGCAUUGGCAGGCUCACGGUCCACUUCCUGUGACCACUUCACUUUCUGGAGUCUGAUCAUGUCAAACUCUAAACGAUGAAUGUUUACUUGGAGUUUGCAUUUGUCUCCUGUAGCAGUGUCAGGAACAGCUAAACAUACAGUAGAGCCCUUUAUCUAGAAAAAUUAAACAAACAACACUACUGCUGUACAAGUUUUACUUCAUGUUUUUAAGUUUUUGAGCGGCUGCUGUUUUCCAUGACAGUCAAAAUGGUGAACACUGAACAUUUUUGUGUUCGUUCUUCUUUACAUACUGGUGCUUGCCUGUGGCAGAUCAGAACUACAGAGAGGCACAUUCGACACACCAGGAUGCACAUAAAUAAGGACAGGCUUGUAUCAAAUCCUGUCACACCCACAUGGCAAGAUGAAGCUAGCAGGCACUUUUUGGUAGUUGAAUUCUUCCAAAAACAGUGCAAAGCCGGUCAAAUGAACUAAGAUCAACAUCUUUGUACUGCAUGUAUCAACAGUUAAUGUGUAAUAUUUACUCAUUUAAUCAGUUUGUAAUUGUAUUCAGCUAUUGUUUCAUUUCAUUUAACAUUUGCUCAAAUUUGCUGCUGAUAUGAAUUGGUUGUUCGCCAGAAAACAGAACUUGUCCUCUCUGUCAUUAGACAUUUCCUCUGGCAGAAAAACAACCUGACUUGAAGUCAGUCCAAACUGUUGGCGAUGUUGAGCCUUAUUAUUCUACUUGCCAUUUCUCUGCCUCUCUGACCCGUAGUCGCUGCUUUCAUUUGAACUGCUUUUUCUCGGCCUAUAACCAUGCAAACAACAUAUGAAACAGGGUCACUGAAGGUCUACGUAUCAUGAAGCUGAGCCGUGAUUUGCAAAAAGUCCGCACCUCACAGACUGUCAUGUCACUUCCAGCAACAAUCCUUUUUUCAGUGCUGUUGCAUCAUUUGUAAUCUGCGUGGAAAAAUGUUUUUAUUGCUUUUAGUCACACUUUAAUAACCUAUUGUUACAGAAUUCCUGUAUUAUUCAUGCAUAUUUUCCAUAAUCUGGACUGUUGGCAUCAUGUUUUCACAGCUAUUAAUACUCUUUUUCUGGUGAUAUAUAUUCUCAUUUAUAUUUGUGUAUGGUCCCAGGGCAACACUCGGCCCAGGCCUUUCCCUCAGCCUUACAUGUUGAAAUAUGAGUAAUAUUUCCUUCUCUAACCUCCAGUAAGGUUGCUGCAGUUAAACCUCUAUUGCCUGUGUUCACUUAGUGAAGCUGUCAGUCUCCGUCCUCCCUACACAAGCUAUACCUUUUUAUAUAAAUAGUUUAGUAAUUUUACAAAAUGCUCUAACAAGGCCAGUGAAGCCGCAAGAUCUGAAAUUGAGUCAUGCUGCUAGAAAAAAAUCUUGUAAUUUUUUGUGUAUUUGUCAAAUUAAUUUUGAAUCUGUAUGAAAAAGGCACAUUUUUUUCUAUUAAACCAACAAUAAAGAUGUAAUAUGAAAACAAC